AUGGAGCCCUCUAGGACACAUCGGAGUGUUGAGCACAAAGCGGAUCGCAGGGUGAGAGAACUUUACCGCUACUACCAGCCUGCUGGCCCCUCUGGCCUGAUUGCUUCUUGGCUGUCUAAAGGUGAAGAUUUACCGUCCUCUGGCUCUGCAGGGACCCCAGGCACCCCAGCUGCUAGCGAUGGCUCGACACACGGCAGCAGUAGUGCCACCACGCGUCCAUCCACUGCGAUAGGCCCAGAAGCACUCGUGCUGGGUUCGACAAACAAUACAUUGACCUCGUUUGCGCAACUUGCCGCGCUGCGCUUAAAUGCGGAGCGUGCUUUCAUUUGCGUCCUCGAUCGAGAUCGACAGUUUAUUCUUGCGGAAGCUACCAAAUCGGUCAAUUUAAACGAUAAAUCUGUUCAUGACCACAAGGAUGACCUUUGGAUUGGAUCGACUGGCAGUUGUAGAGCAUGGAGCUUGUGCCAGGAAACUGUCGCUUUACCUCCGUCCGAUCGCGAGACGCCCCAUUACGAAUAUAUUGUAGUCAACGACUUGACUGAAAACGAGCGGUAUAGCCAGCUACCAUUCGUGGCGAAUGAACCCAAUUUUUGUUUUUACGCUGGGACGCCCUUGACGACGGACAAUAAUAUCAACUUGGGAUGCUUUUUUGUAUUGGACAAAUCUCCACGAAAUGGCUUGACAUCGUUGGAGAAGGAUACCCUCGGAUCGUUGUCCACAUUGGUGAUGGAUUAUAUGAAAGUCUGUCGACAAGCGUCGGAGGGUCAACGAGCCGCACGCCUGUCAAAGGGGCUGAGCUUCUUUGUCGAAGGAAGCUCAAGCUUCAUCGACAGUGUUGAUCCGUCCCGCACAGACAGUUGUCCUCCGCACUCCGUAACGCCAGCGUCCACAAAUAAUCGUAUUAGCAUGUCCGGGGGUUCUCGUGGGAGUCACCACUCCGAUCCUGCGUCCCAUGAGGUAUCGCACAGCCCACUAAACGACCGAUCGCUGAGCAGCGAUACUCGGUCCACGAGCUCCGGUGUUUCGGGUGCCUCAUUCUCGAAAGAAAACACGGGCACCUCGGGCGCGGCUAGCUCACUCCCGGAAUGGCUCACCAGCAGUAGCCGCAAUCGACUCCCGCCUGACGAUUCGCAUGGUAACUCAUGGUGUUUCCGUCGCGCAGCAAAUCUGCUUCGCGAAAGUCUUGCUUUGGACAACGAUGGUGGCGUUGUCUUCUACGAGGCAACCAAUAACACGUUUAUGGAUGCCGAUGGUGGAAGCGACUGUUCUGGUAGCGAUACCGGUGGUCCUGCAACGAUUUUGUCCAUGUCAACCAACGAAGAUCCGUUUUCCCCUCGAGCCGGAUCUGUCGUCACAUCUCCAGCAGCCAAUCUGGAUCGCUCGUUCCUGAGCCUGCUACUCCGGCGAUACCCAAGAGGCAAAUUGUGGUCUUUCCAUCGUGAUGGGAUAAUCUCCACCUCUGACGACGAUGAUCAAAUGCCUCGCGACGGGGGAACGCCAUCCAUCAAUCGCUCGCCUCGUGGGGCUCCGGCCAUCGAUAUCACAAAUCCAAUUGGCAAAAAGAAGAAAGCUGUCGAGAAUUCUUGGCUCAACCAGUACUUCCCCGGCGCAACACAGAUCCUCUUUGUGCCAUUGUGGAACGCAGUAAGCUCUCAGUGGUUUGGGGGUUGUUUCUGCUACACGACUAUCGAAACUCAAGUGUUCUCAUCUUCUGUUGAGCUGAGCUCCGUCCUUGGGUUCGGCUCGUCUGUUAUGGCCGAGUAUAGUCGUGUGGAAUCUCUGAUUGCCGAUCGACAAAAGGGUGACUUUAUCGGCAGUAUAUCUCACGAGCUUCGAAGUCCGCUUCACGGUAUCCUGGCGGCAGCGGAAUUUUUGAACGGCACCCAUCUCAACGAAUUCCAGGAUUCCUUGCUUGAGACAGUCAAUGCUUGUGGCCGAACACUGCUUGAUACGAUGAACCAAGUUCUGGAUUUCAGCAAGGUAGUUUCUUUGGAACGAACCUGGCGCUCCCUGAAACGGAGGAAGGAAUCGCCGCUGGAUUUUAAGGGGAACGAUAAGCUCGCAUCUCAUCUGGACUCAUAUGUCGACACAGAUCUUGCCAUCCUUGCCGAAGAAGUUGUGGAAGGGAUCUGUCUCGGCCAUGCUUAUGGCCAGAGUUCAACCGCUUCUGCCGACCUUCCGGUUCUACAGUCUCACAACAACGCAAAGUAUGCGGGUGCUCGCAAUAAUGUUGAUGUAUCAAUUGAUGUUCAACAUCAGGACUGGGUUUACCGAACUCAACCGGGUGCUUUGCGUCGAAUCAUCAUGAACAUCUUCGGAAACGCAAUGAAGUAUACCGAAGAAGGCCGAGUCUCUCUGAGCCUGGAGGCUGUCAGCCAUUCCGAGGGUCGCUCCCGCCGGCAGGGUCUGGAAGACAUUGUUACCUUAACAGUGUCGGAUACCGGAAGAGGUAUCUCUGAGGAGUUCCUCCGAGGCAAGUUGUAUACGCCAUUUGCCCAGGAAGAUUCUCUUGCGGUCGGCACGGGGUUGGGUCUUUCCAUCGUACGUAGCCUUGUGAAAGCGCUGAAUGGUCAUAUUCGUGUUCGCAGUCGCAUCGGUGAAGGUACAAUUGUUCGUGUGAUUUUACCUUUGGCGAGACCUGUUGGCGAAGAAAGUCCACCGGUUGAGCCGCAUACAUACAACGUCCAGCAGCGUGAAAUCUUGACCCAAACACUUAUGCUGCGCGAAGGCUAUCCUGGGAAACGGGCUGCCAUUUGGGGAACUGACCCUAAGAGCAUGGCCCAGAAUGAAACCUGGGGUGGGAUUGCCAAGUAUCUUACCGAUUGGUUUGGCAUUGAAGUUGUUGCAUGGCCUUGCGCGCUGCCUUUGGAUAUCUUGCUCAUUAGAGAGGUUGAUCUGCAAGAUUUACGAAAGGUUGAGCUUUCAGCGACCCUUCCUUCCCUUUUGAUCCUCUGCUCCAAACCGGUGGACUAUAGCUUGGCGCAGUCUGAGUGGUUACCUCUUGCUUCGUCUGUGGACAUCAUCAGACGACCAUGCGGCCCACACAAGCUGGCUCGGAGUGUGCUGAAGGGCUUGCAAAACUCUGGAUCAGCCGUAGUCACGCCUGCGUCUGUGGUGAAAGAUCCCAUGGAAUCUACGGAUCUCGUUAUUCGGGCUCCGCCGAUGUCGUCUGCUCUCCCCUCUCCCACCACUCCCUGCCCGAUUGACGAAACUCUUCCGAAUUUCGACUCUGAAAAGACUGUCGGUACUGGCCCAACAUCUCUGGGUGAGCUCCCUCCCGACGCUUCCUCUGUCAUUUCCGCCCCACCAGAAUCCAUUGCUGCAGCUCCCCUUCCCCGACCAUUGGUCCAAGGGGCCAUCGAGGCCACGCGGCCCACACAGGUCCUUGUGGUCGAUGACAAUCGUAUAAAUCUCAACCUCAUGAUGACCUUCAUGAAGAAGCGUCGUCUAUCAGAAUUGGUCUCGGCAGAGAAUGGCAAGCUGGCCGUUGAGGCCGUUGAGCGGAUGUCGACUGGCUUUGACAUCAUCUUCAUGGAUAUUUCGAUGCCCGUGAUGAACGGUUUCGAAGCGACCCGAGCUAUUCGCGCACUGGAGCGAGAGAGCGAUGGCCGUAGACCGGCUAUUAUUAUCGCGCUGACUGGACUGAGCAGCUCGCGGGAUGAGUCCGAAGCUUUGGCUUCUGGUGUGGAUUUCUUCCUGACCAAACCAGUAUCUUUCCGGGAAGUGUCUCGCCUUCUGGAUGAAUGGGAAAGGGAUGGGUUGCAAAAGGAACGGAAGAAUGAAACAUGA